CGCACAAGGAAGAGAGUUGUUUACAAACAGAAGAGAAAGUUGGACCUGUAGCUAACUCAAGACAGACAGUUACGAAAUAGCCUAGAAGAAUGCAUCUCCCAAGUUUUACACUCCGAUGGGUUUUUACUUUAACUGUUGUCGGUUAACGUCAUUAGCUAACUAACAGCUCGAGCCAGACUGUGAGACCCUGUUAUUCAAACCUUGGGCACGAGGGUGUCAGCAAAGCUCCCUCCUAGCCAACAAUGGUAGCUGAGUAAGAGGAGCAGGUGUGUAUGGUUGCAGGUGUGAGACACAACACUGUGUAACCCACCUUGGGUCAGACGUCAGGGAGGAUGUCAGAUGAGGGGGGCAAGCUGAUGCUGAGGCGUCUUGAGGGGCCAAUCCACAAGUUCACUAAAGUAGCCCUGCCAACAGACCUAGAAAGACUACAGAGACACCACAGCAAUAUACUGAAGUUCCAGCGUAGUGGACAAUGGGAUCGCCUUCAUCAGGAGCACAUCAAUGCCAGCCGCACUGUGCAGCAGUUGAGGGCUAAUGUUAGAGAGAUGGAGAAGCUGUGUGGACGUGUCCGCCCGGAGGACGGCCCCGCCCUGGAGAGGCUGGUUCAGCCAAUCAGAGACCGAGCAUCUGCUGCCGCGCAAGACUUCCUACUCCUGCAUUCUAACCCCGCCCCUCUGCCACAGACACCACACCCCCCAGACCACUCAUCCUCAGGUGGUUCCCAUGGUGAUGAUGUGGGCAGGGAGCCCCCUCCUGUCAAUCAAACGCAGCUCCUCCUCCCAGUGAUCCCCCUCAACGAGAGUGCUGCCGAGUCCUGGGACACCCUGGAGGAGGACCUGAAGGAGCUCAGCGGUUUGGUGACCGAGUUCUCUCUGCUGGUCCAUUCCCAGCAGGAGAAGAUUGACAGCAUCGAGGAGAACGUCAACACAGCAGCAGCCAACGUGGAGGAGGGGACCAGGAGCCUCGGGAAGGCGGUGGGCUACAGGCUGGCAGUGUUACCCGUGGCAGGGGCAGUGUUAGGGGGGGUGUUGGGGGGUCCGCUGGGCCUACUAGUGGGGUUCAAGGCAGCGGGGGUGGCAGCUGCGCUAGGAGGGGGGGCUCUGGGGUUUGCGGGGGGGAACCUGGUCCAGAAGAAACGCAGAGCCAGAGUAGAGUUCCAGAUGAACCAGCUCACUGCACCCCCUACGGAACCAGAACCACCGCUGGAAAAGGACAAGUGACCUCUGAUUGGUUGUGGAGGGACCUCUGACCUCCAGAAGCCUACACUGGUCCAGGUACUGCCCGACUACAUUGCAGACGCAUGCUAGAGCUUACAUGUCAGCUAACCACAUCAUAUGAUAUAGCAAUCUGAUGCCCGAGUGCACAGUCGAUUAAGUUGCGCAAAACCAUUGGCUGAUGCAAUACAACGCCUGCGCAUCUAGUCGGGCAGGAACUCGACCAAGAUAUCCCUCAGACUAACUGUCCAUCCGACUGACCACUCAACUGACUGACCGCUCGAACAAUCUGCUGUUUGACUAAUAGACUUGCUCUCUUUACUGUGGUAAAAAGGAACUCCUCCUCCUCGCUGCCAAUAGACAGAGGAGAGAGGUCUGCCAAGAGAGGCCUGCAACUGGGAUCUACCACUGCCCAAUCAAUAGGACUUUUAAACAUCGUAGGAGAGCCUUGUUGAGGACCUGAGUAUGAGAGGGAGGUGUGUGUGAAUGCCGUGUUUGUUGAGUGUGAUGUAUGUUUGCUAGGUCUGUUGGCUUUGUAUUUAAAACUUGAAAGUAACUGUCCAGUGUUUCCAGAUUUCGAUGAAAUAUUACCUAUACAUUUUUGCAAUAUAAGUGAAAUAGUUUUCCUUCCAAAUUUUUUUAAAAUUAUGUUAAAAAGCAGCUUUUCUGUGUUGGAAUGGUGCAGGCGUACCCCAACAACAGAAUGGUGUGGGCGUAUACUGGUCUUAAAAAUAUUAAUGCGAGUACACCGCUGAUUGGCCAGCUCAUCCUCCUCAGGAUGACAUCAUCCUCUAUGAGGAAAUAGCAAGGAUUUUUGAAACGGUCUGUUGAGAUACAAGUUUGAGGUUGGAUUAUUUAUUUUUCUCCAGUUUAUGCUUUGGGCACAAAUACGAGUCAACAACAUUAUUUGGGUAUGAGAUAACAGAACUUUCACUAGACAGUUACUUUAAGUGUAUGAUUAUAUAUUGAUUAAUUGGUUUUAUUUGUGGUUAUGAAAAUACGUGCAUUAUUAAUAGCAAACACUACAAAGCCUGCCUGGUUUUGGAACAUAAGUCAUGCUGUUUGGUGCCUUUAUAUUACAGACGGAGAGAUGGUUGUUUUAUUAAAGUCAUGUUGUUAUACUGUG